AUUUUUAUUCAUCUCAAUGAUUAUCUCCUUGUAAGUUCUAACCUUUUUUUUAGGGUAUCUACCUGAAACUCUUCUCUUUGAAAGAGACGAAGGAUUCGAAUCUCUCUGAAACUUUUCUCUUCUCUUUGAUUCUUCUCUACCAGUGAAUCUCACGGCAAGCAAUCCAGCAGGUGUAUGAUGCCAAGCUUAACAAGUGAACCCAAAAAUGUUGAAAUCUUUGGUGUCUAUGAAAUCAUAGUGAGCUGGUUUAGUGGUGUUGAUCAAGCCCCUCACUUGCUCACCAAGACAUCGGAUUUGUUGUGUGCUACCUUAAACUUUUGGUGGCCAAUUCUACAUCUGAAGCUAGAAGAGUGUCCCUUCCCUCGAUGGUAAAAUAAGGCGAGACAGAGGUUUCUUCAUUUUCUAAACUUUCCCUCUCGUUUUGAUUCUUCAAUCAUUUCAGGUAACAACAUCCUUCGUUCUAUGCUUCUUUGCUUCCCAAAGAAAUUAGGGUUAUUAUUUGCUUCUUUUUCUCUGUCAUUUUGGUAAUUAAUCUGAUAAUCGAUUAUUUUCUUUGAUUUCAUGUGCUGAAAGUGUUUGAUAAGGUUUUCAUGUUCUGACAUUUUUUUGCAGAUUGGCAAGUAUAGUUAGUUAUUUGCAAUGAUAGAAGGUGGUAGAAUCUGGCUGAAGGCAUGGCAGCAGGCAGCUGUGGCAGUGGGUUCCGCGGUGGGGGCGUUGUUGGACCCUCGAAGAGCAGAUUUGAUAGCAGCUCUUGGUGAGACCACUGGAAAGCAUGCUUUUGAGAGAGUUCUACAAAGGAUGAAGAGUUCCCCUGAAGGGAGGGCCUUACUAUUGGAGCGCCCUCGUGUUGUUUGUGCAAAGGUAGGACAUGCUUGGGAUCUGCCAGCAAACACAUUCGGUGCUGCCUAUGCGAGGUUUAUGGGAUCUAGGAACUUUUCGCCAGAUGAUCGACCUCCUGUGCGGUUCAUGGACACAGAUGAACUGGCCUAUGUAGCCAUGCGGGCUCGUGAAGUGCAUGACUUCUGGCAUACCCUUUUUGACCUUCCUACUAACUUGAUUGGGGAGACAGCACUGAAGCUCAUUGAAUUUGAGCAGAUGGGCCUUCCUAUGUGUCUGCUGUCCGUUAUAGGGGGCACGGCUAGAUUCAAUGAAAAGCAGAGAAAAUUGUUUUAUCAGCACUACUUCCCUUGGGCCAUUCGUGCUGGCAUGCAAUCGACUGAUCUUAUGUGUGUAUAUUAUGAGCAACAUUUUCAUGAAGACUUGGAAGAUGUUCGCAGAAAAUUGCAAAUUGUUCCUGCUCCCACUGUUCCUUAACCGUAUUUGGACCAGAUAAAUUGUGCUCGAGUUUUGCAAUCAAAAUUUUGGAAUAAAAUCCAGUGUACAAGCUUUGCCUCUGAGAUAUAGUCAAUGAGCAUUGUAUAGGUUGGAUUUGAUCAUAUGAUCAGUAAAAUAGACUUUUCAUCACAUAUUGUAUUUUUUUUUUCAACAUAUCCUGUUAUAAUUAUUCUUGCAAUCACUGGA